CUGCGCCGUGAAAAAUACAGUGAGGCCCUGGGGAGAAGGCAGACCCUCGGCUUCUGGCCAGGGGGAUUUCACGAGAACAGGCCCCCUUAGAGAGGCCCAGCAACCACAGAUUAGAGGGGCCCAAGGGAGUCUCACUCCUGCCUCAGACAGCACAGCAGGAAGGAGCCCCAGAGGCCAGAUGGAUACAAAGCAAAAGGGGAGGGGGAGGGAUCAGCCCCGCUACACCAGUGGGAGUGGCUCCACCCUUCCCACUUCAGAGCCAUGGGGAGUUGGGGGCCUAGUGGGCCGCCCCCAGUGCAGGCUCCCUACACGGUCCUGCUGCUGCCGCUGGAGACCAGCCGCCAGGAUCCAGGCGCCCGGAGCUUCUUCCUUUGGCUGCAGAGGAUGCGGGCUCUGGAGAGGCAGCAGGACGCCCUGUGGCAGGGGCUGCAGCUGCUCCAACGAGGCCGGGCCUGGUUUGAAGACCGCCUGAGGGAGGCCCAGCGACAGCAGCUGCAUCUGGGGGCCCUUGGUGAGGAUUUUCUAACAGACUCACACCUGGAGCCUGAGGGCGCCUGGUUAGCCCAGAUUCAAAAAGUGAACACCUGUUUGCAGAAUCUGAUUCAGGAGAAGAAAACAACGAAUGUCCCCCAGCUGUCCCCACGUCCACUGAACAGGGCUGGUACCAGCGGCCCCCAGCACUGGAAGGAGAGGCCAAGGAAGCAGAAUGUGGGGCAGCCACAGGAGUGGCCAAGGCAGCAGAGAGGAGUCAGCCAGUCCGAGGGGCAGACGGCUCAGCCCCGCUGCCCCCGGGGGCGGAGGGCCGCCACCCGGGUCUGAACCUCCUCCCGGUCCCUCGGUCCCUUGGUGGUGAAGGAGUCAUCGCCGGAGCCGACUUACUCUGCCGCACAACUUCAGGGCGCGGGGCGGUGCCGGUCAGACAUCUCCCUGGGAAGCGUCCUGAAAACUCCCACGUCACCUGUCACCUCCGCGGGGUCUCAGGCCCUCCCCACCCCCACACGAUGCGCAAGAAUGAGCUUUCCUUCAAGGCCCUCGGGAGAAGACGUGUUUAUUGAAACUGUCCUUCAACAUGAAAUACAAAAAUAAAAUAGAAGCUGCUCUAGA